GCGCGUAGUACCAGGCAGUUUACGUUGUGUGCCAGUUUGUGUGGUCGGGUAUAGAGAAGCUGGAAGCAUACAGCAAAUUCUACAUCCUAACUUUCAACAUAUUAUCGUGCGGUCGACUGACGGAAACAUUUUUUUAAAUAUAUUUGCGUGUGGUACCCUUGUAACGUAUCUAUUCAUCUCUUUACUCGGUUGAUAAAGUAAUUUGAGCUAACGUGCAUUGCAACGUAGUUGUGUAGUUUAAUUAGCUUUAUUUAACGUUAACGUUUCAAGAACCGCGCAAUAAUGUUCGAGGCUCGGCUUGUCCAGGGUUCGAUUCUGAAGAAGGUUCUGGAGGCGCUUAAGGACCUGAUAACCGAGGCCUGUUGGGAUGUCGCUUCUUCGGGCAUCUCCCUUCAGAGCAUGGACUCGUCACACGUCUCCCUAGUCCAGCUGACCCUCCGCAGCGACGGUUUUGACUCCUACCGUUGCGACCGCAAUCUUGCCAUCGGAGUUAGUUUGGCUAGCAUGUCCAAGAUGCUGAAGUGUGCGGGCAACGAUGACAUCAUCACCCUGCGUGCGGAGGACAACGCAGACACCCUUGUCAUGGUCUUCGAGACCCCCAACCAGGAGAAAGUGUCCGACUACGAGAUGAAGCUGAUGGACCUGGACGUGGAGCAGCUGGGAAUCCCAGAGCAGGAGUACAGCUGCGUGGUGAAGAUGCCCUCGGGCGAGUUCGCCCGCAUCUGCAGGGACCUCUCCCAGAUCGGCGACGCCGUCAUGAUCUCCUGCGCCAAGGACGGGGUCAAGUUCUCCGCCACGGGGGAGCUGGGCACCGGCAACAUCAAGCUGUCCCAGACCAGCAACGUGGACAAGGAGGAGGAGGCGGUGACCAUUGAGAUGAAUGAGCCAGUGCAGCUCAUCUUCGCUCUGAACUACCUGAACUUCUUCACCAAGGCCACGCCUCUCUCCAAGACAGUCACCCUCAGCAUGUCCGCAGACAUCCCCCUUGUGGUGGAAUACAAGAUCGCUGACAUGGGCCACGUUAAGUACUACCUGGCACCCAAGAUCGACGAGGAGACGUCCUAAAGCUGGAGCUGUCUGUGUAGAGGGGUUGGGGGGGGGGGGUUGGCAUUGGAGGGGGGUCUGCUGGAGGUGUGAGGGGUAGAUAGCCGGACUGACUGCAGUAGCCAGCUCUACACUGCCCCGCCCGGCUCUGAAUCUCCUCGGUUUCUGCCCCAUUCGACACACGCCGUGUUUGUCCGUGAAGCUGAAAUUGCUGAUUUACAUGAAAGAAUUUCAAAAUGUUUCUCGGCAAAGAAUUCGCGUAUUUCAGUUUCCUGAACCUUUAAUGUAUAAAUGAUCUUUGUGUGCUGAGUGUUGACUGAAGUGAGAAGUCCAGCAGCAUGAGUUACUUGCCUCCAAUGUCACUCUGUUUGUCCUCCCAACCCCCCCCCCCCAUAUAUGUUUUCUGCUCACAUCCUUCUUUUUCCUUCCAUUUUCUCAAAUGCAGUAGUAAAGUUUUGUAUAUAAA